AGCAACAGGUUCCGGAGGGAGGCGGCAGCGGCGGCGGCGGCGGCGGAGCAGCGUCUUCUCGGGCUGACGUGGUGGCGGACGGCGCGAGCGGCCGGACCAGAGUCGAGAGCCGACCCAGCUGACACCGGCCAGGAUGACGUUGGCGGCCACGGUGACUCUCCUGCUCGCCUCCGUCUCCGUAUGCCGCGCGUCCAAUGUUGACAUCAUCAGUCGGAUGGACCGCAGUAUGAUGCCGUACAGCGGCAGCGCCCGAAACGCCUUCAGAAGAUAUCGGUACCCAAUCUACAACAACAAGCGAUAUAACCUCGACGAGUAUGACGACGGCGACCAAGACAGUGUCGAGGACGACCUCAGCAAGCGGUUUCUGAGCGGGCUGAGCCUGCGCCCGCUGUCCGCGCGCGACAAGAAGCCGUACGGUCUGUCGCCGCGAUACGACCUCACCAUCACGCCAUACGACCUGAAGGUGAUGGAGAAGCUGUACCGCAGCGGGCGCCGCAAGCGCACGCCCGACCUCUACGACCUGAAGCAGGUCUACAAGAUCUACGAGGCCGGCAAGAAGCGCGGCGCGCCGGAGGAGGACGGCGACGACGAGCGACGGAAGAGGAGCGACGACUUCAGUCGCGACGUCUGGGACAUGGCGCGCGUGGCCGAGGCCGGCAAACGGUCUCCGGUCACCAGCUACUACGACCUGCUCGACAUGGCCAAGCUGGCCAAGGCCGGGAAGCGCUCGGGCGGCGCCGACAGCUACAGCCUCUGGCACCUGGCGCAGAUGCAGGCGGCCGGUAAGAAGCGGGCCGCCGUCAGCGACUACGACCUGCUGCCACUGGCCAGGAUCGCGGACGCCGGCAAACGAGACGUGGGCCCGUUCGGGUCCGGCCCCGAGGACGGAGAAAUGGACGUGGGUGAGGACGAACAGAUGGGCACCAAGAGGAAGCGCAGCCUGGACGACUACUUCGGCUGGGACCGGAAGAAGAAGUCGGUGAGCGAGGACGCGCUGGUGGACAGCUACAUGCACACCAUGGGGAAGGAGGUGCUGGGAGACACCGACAAGAGAAGCGGCUCAGACGAGACCACCGCCGCCACCAGCGAGCAAAAAGGACAGAGCAAUGAGCACUAGUGAGCUGAUGGGGCCUCCCGACACGCAGCCGCUCCCGAAGGAGGAUCGCCGCUAUCGACAAAGGCCCAGUGACCUGCCCCGCGAGCUGACGAUCCGGUGUGUUGUCGCUGGACGGAGGAGGCGACGGCGGACGACGGCACGGGCCGGCGCCGGGGACCGAACUGGAUCAGAGGGCGGCUCCGAUGGACGGAUCAGGAGACAAGCCAAGUUUCGGAGUCUCUCGUGGUCGCACUCUGCUAUACGAGACCCGGUCGAGGCUCACCCAUAACUAUGUUGGUGUUCAGGGUGUCUAUAUGAAUAAAAUCGAGAAUACCGCAUGAGCAUGCAAGGCGACGUGAUUUAGGUGCCGGGUACGGUAUGAAAUAGUAGAUAUGGAUAAUUCGUUUUAAGUGGUAAUAAAUUAAAUGUUCAACGCAUAAUGAUUUACUUGCUUGACCGUAAUCAUACGACUAUUUUGAAAAUGAAUUGAAGUGCUAGAAUAUGUGUAAUAUCGCAUUAGUUGAUUAGAUAUUGCAGGAACGAUAGAAAUGGUUGAAGACAACGAUUUCAUAUCAGAAUCCCUUGGUCGUCAAUGGAACAGCGGAAAGCUGAAUAUAUGUCAAAAUAUA